AACCAGGACCCAAGGACAUCCCACAAGCACUGCGAGGACUUCUGCAGCCAGCUUUGCCAUCUGGUCCUCAAUGGCAAGAAUCCCAGCUCCCACCACUCUAGCCAUUCUCCUGACUUGCCUCUUCUCCAGGGUGCACAGCCAGACCCCAAGGGCUUUCCAGGAGAGCACCGUCCCCUUUGAGGUGCUUAGCCAGGAGCAGGCUUACAAUCUGGUCCAGUCAAGCCUGUUCCAGGAUGCUGCCAAGUUGUCAAACCACUCGGAGAACCUCUCCAGGAGCCCCAUCUCUGAGCCACCCCUGCUGCCCGUGUGCGUGAAGCCUGCAGAUAUCAGACACAUCUUCAAGUACAUCAACACCCUCGUGUCCUGCACCAUCUUCAUAGUAGGUAUCAUCGGGAACUCCACGCUCCUGAGGAUCAUUUACAAGAACAAGUGCAUGAGGAAUGGGCCCAAUGUCCUCAUUGCUAGCUUGGCACUCGGAGACCUUCUCUACAUCCUCAUUGCUCUGCCCAUCAACGUGUACAAGCUCUUGGCAAAGGACUGGCCCUUCGGUGUGCAGGUGUGCAAGCUGGUCCCCUUCAUCCAGAAGGCCUCAGUGGGCAUCACGGUCCUCAGCCUCUGUGCUCUCAGCAUCGACAGAUACCGAGCAGUGGCAUCCUGGAGCCGGAUCCAGGGGAUAGGAAUCCCCAUGUGGAAGGCAGUGGAGGUGAUGCUGAUCUGGGCAGUGGCCAUUGUCCUUGCAGUCCCUGAAGCUAUAGCCUUUGACAUGGUGGAGCUCAGCUACUGGGAACAACACCUGUGGGUGUGCAUGCUCGCCUCCGAACAGAAGUCCAGCUUCAUGAUGUUCUACCGUGAUGUGAAGGACUGGUGGCUUUUUGGCUUCUAUUUCUGCCUCCCCUUGGUAUGCACCGGCAUCUUCUACACCCUCAUGUCAUGCGAGAUGUUGAGCAAGAGGAAUGGCAUGAGGAUUGCUUUUAAUGACCACAUGAAACGGCGCAGGGAGGUGGCCAAGACAGUGUUCUGCCUCGUGGUGAUCUUCGCACUCUGCUGGCUGCCGCUCCACCUCAGCCGCAUCCUCAAAAAGACCAUCUAUGACCAGACGGACCCCAACAGAUGUGAACUGCUCAGUUUCCUCCUAGUGAUGGAUUACUUCGGGAUCAACAUGGCCUCCCUCAACUCCUGCAUCAACCCUGUGGCUCUCUACUUUGUCAGCCGGAAAUUCAAGAACUGCUUCCAG